AUGACUUCGAGAGUAGAAGCACCAGCCGAUGGCCGGGAGGAUAAGGCCCGGGGAGUCGGGAGAAGACUUCUAUCCAGGAUGAGGACUGUUCUGAAGAGGACCGAGACCUCUAAACGACAGUCGACACGACCUCUGGUUGAAGGUUCUCACCCCGCUCCCUCGACCUCAGGAGCUACCCCAUCGACAGAGCCGACCGCACCGGCAACGACAAGACAAUCACCACAAGCAACAAAGGAGACCACACUUCAUCAUGCGGACAAGCCGCUUUCAAAGUUCCAGGGGGAGAAAGUACCUCGAGUCCAGAUCUAUGGCGACCGUAUUCAGCAAUUUUCAGAACGUUGUGGGCUUGAAGUGGACCCCAAUGCUUGGUAUCAUAUGGAAGGACAUGUCUUGCGCAUCAACAGGCCGGUCCGCAUGCGUGUCCACCGGCAGUGCCAUCAAUGCGGUGGCGACGUCGGUGCGAAAGGGCUCUGCGGAAAGUGCAACCACUCCUUCUGCCACCAGUGCACGCGUUAUCCGCCGAAGCGGUCCGAGGACGAGAAGGUGGCCAGCCGGGAGAAGAAGGCUUACAUUGUCAAGGACCGGGAGGUUAAUGCCAUGAUCGUUCCGGACUGGGAUGCCGACACGAGAAAGAAGACGGUCGUCUUGAGGCGAUCCCCGCCGAGCGGACAGCAGGAGUUGGUCCAUAAGAAAGUCCGACAGAGGGUUAGAAGGGUGUGCUGCCAGUGCCAGGAUGACAACGGAGCCGAGGUCUUGUUCCAUGGCGGCCAGCGUCAAUGCCCCAAGUGCGAUCAUGUACGGUGUACUGAUUGCCCUCGAGAUCCUCCCAAGAAGGAUAAGUACCCCUACGGCUACCCUGGCGACGAGUUCGGUGUGAAGUCCAUUCCACACCACAGUUGCCACGUGUGCCGCACCAAAUUCGAGCCCGGUGUAGAAAAUGGAACGCCUUGCGCGGCGUGCUCGCACGAGAAGUGCGAUAAGUGCGACAGGCUGAUGCCACAAAAGGUCGAGCCGGAGCCGGAUGCCGAGGUCCUCAGAAGGGUCCAAGCCAAACUGGAGACUCUGAGUCUCCACUAG